AUGCAAAUUCAGACAAGGCCUGUCUUGUUGGUGGUGGUAGUGGUAAUGGUGGUUAUGAGCUGUUUCAUGGUGGAAGGAGGAGGGAGAGGGAUAUACGGCAAAGAGAAGUGGCUCCACUAUGAUCAUAAGGGCGAAUUCGUCACUUCGUCAGAGAAGACAGAGACCAUGACCACCACAUCUGGUUACUCAGCAAGAGGAGUAGACAAUCACCAUAACAUUCCAAGACAAAACUAUGGUAAUUGGGCUGGCAACGGAGGAGACGGUGGUGGAGACGAUGGAACCGGUUAG